AUGUCCUCCCCAGAUGGCUCCUCGCAGGAGUCGCACGACGCAACGCUUAUUGUCGAUCAAUCUGUCUCCUUGACCAUCAGCACCGACUUCCUCGUCAUACAUGACGAUCGCGCACCUAGUGACAAAGAUCGUCGCUGCUGCGGAUGGCUUCAAUCUCCACCGCAACCGAACCACAAAAUAUCGCUGUACAACGUCCUCGGCGCCGAAGUCACGGCUUCUAACCUUGUCAUUGCGUACGCACAGCUCGCCACCAAGGACGACGUUUCCAUCACGACCGCCCAAUACCCGAUAUCGGAGAAAGAGAAAAAGGGAGUCGAGCUUUGGGUCCAAACACUGCUCGACGUUGCAUAUGGCAAGGCGUUACGUGGCAAGCGGUUGAAGGUGUUGGUCAACCCCUUCGGCGGGAAGGGGACAGCUGCCAGUUUGUACCAGCGACAUGCAGCACCGGUGUUCGCAGCGGCGAAGUGCCAGGUAGAUGUCCAGCACACGGAAUACAGAGGACACGCAAUCGAAAUUGCGGAAAAGCUCGAUAUCGACGCCUACGAUGCGGUUGUUUGCUGCUCGGGUGACGGUUUGCCCUACGAGGUGUUCAACGGGUUGGGCAAACGGCCAGAUGCUCGAAAGGCGCUGGCACAAACUGCCGUUGCGUUGCUCCCAUGCGGCUCUGGAAAUGGGCUUACUUGGAAUGCUUUCGGGACUGGAAGCGUUUCGAUUGCGGCACUGGGCAUUGUGAAAGGGUUGAGAACACCCCUUGACUUAAUCUCGAUCUCCCAGAAAGACUCGCUCACGCUCUCUUUCCUAUCGCAAUCUUUUGGUAUCGUUGCUGAAUGCGAUUUGGGUACUGAGAACAUCCGAUGGAUGGGCGCUCAGCGGUUCACAUACGGUUUCUUGGUUCGUUUACUGCGACAGACGAUUUGGCCUUGCGAUUUAGCUGUCAAAGUGGAAAUUGGUGACAAGGAGGAAAUCAAAAAGCACUACGCUAAGUGGUCGACGAGUCCAGAGGAGCAAGAUGCUGAUAGCAAACGCUUCGAAAUCGCUGCCAUGUCUCCAGGUCUACCAGAGCUCAAGUAUGGCACAGUGUUGGACAAAUUGUCACCUGAUUGGGAGAUCAUUCCAGGAGAAACAAUGGGCAAUUUCUACGCAGGAAAUAUGGCCAUCAUGUCGAAAGACACUAACAUGUUCCCCGCAACUUUGCCGAACGACGGCCUCAUGGAUGUGAUCACUAUUGACGGCACAGUCAGCCGUAGCAAGGCGCUCACUUUGAUGACCGAAGUCCCCAGUGGUCGCUUCUUCGAUAUGCCAGAAAUGCAUCUCCGCAAAGCGUCCGCUUUCCGUUUAGUUCCCCACCAAAAAGAGGGCUACCUCAGCAUAGACGGUGAACGGAUACCUUUCGAAGCGUUCCAGGCCGAGGUCCACCAGGGGCUGGGUACGAUACUUACUAAGUCGGGUCGUUUCUAUGAAGCACCAGGUCCUCUGCCGACUGUGCCUUGA